AUGACGGGUAAGUUUGGCAGAAAGCAUGUCUUGAUGAUCGACAACUAUGACUCGUUCACUUGGAACUUGUACCAGUUCUUGUGCCAGUCAGAGCUCUGCGACAGAGUUGAUGUCUACAGAAACGACCAAAUCGACAUUGAAACAAUUGAAAAUGAAAUUAAACCAGACAUCUUAUUCAUCUCGCCAGGCCCGGGACAUCCUAGCACAGAUGCUGGAAUCUCAAAAGCAGCCAUCGAUCACUUCAAGGGAAAAAUCCCCAUCUUUGGUGUGUGCAUGGGUCAGCAGUGUAUGGUUGAGGUUUUCGGUGGUGAAGUUUCAUACGCGGGAGAGAUCGUUCAUGGUAAGACUUCUGCUAUCAAGCAUGAUGGUAAGGGGUGCUUUACUGGUGUUCCACAAGGCGUAGGCGCCACUCGUUACCAUUCUUUGGCAGGAGCUAUUGCGUCGAUGCCAGACUGCUUGGAGGUUACCGCCAAGACGGAAACUACAACCCCAGAGGUGAUUAUGGGUGUCAGGCACAAGAAAUAUACUAUCGAGGGUGUGCAAUUUCACCCAGAGUCGGUGUUGUCUGAAGCAGGUCACAUUCUCGUGGAGAAUAUUCUCAAGAUGCUGGGUGGAACCUGGGACGAAAAUAAGCCUGUUUCCUCCAAAGAAAAUAUCCUUACGAAGAUUUACAAUCAACGUAUUCAGGACUAUGAGACCAUUCGAACUUUGCCAGGAAAGACCUUUGCUGACAUCGAGACUUCUUUGAAGUUGGGCCUAGCUCCUCCCCUCAUUGACUUCUACAAACGUCUACAGCUUACGAAAGCAAACAACGAAAACAUCAUCUUGGCAGAGUUCAAGCGUGCGUCGCCUUCAAAAGGUGAUAUCAACAUAUCUGCUCAUCCUGCAAACCAGGCUCUCACGUAUGCUAGGGGCCACUGCUCCACGAUUUCUGUGUUGACAGAACCCAAAUGGUUCAAGGGCUCCUUGGAAGACUUGUCACUUGUAAGAAGAGCAAUUGACCCAGAUAUUGUUGGAUCAUCCGACCUGUCGUACUCCAGGCCUGCUGUUUUGCGCAAGGAGUUUAUAUUCAGUAAAUACCAGAUAGCAGAAGCUCGUCUUGCAGGUGCAGACACUGUCUUGCUUAUUGUGAAGAUGCUUCUGGAUGUCAAACUUCUUCAGAGUCUUUAUGAGUACUCCUUGUCCCUCGGAAUGAUACCCUUGGUGGAGGUGAACGAUGCUGAAGAGUUGAAGGUUGCCCUUGGCUUGACCCAUAAUAAUAGCACCGAAGAUCCCCUUGUGAUUGGCGUGAACAACAGGAACCUCACUACGUUUGAUGUUGACUUGAAAACUACCAGCUCUCUUGUGAGCAGUGCUAAGAGUAGCACCAGGAAGGGCGAUGUUCUUGUAUUGGCAUUAUCUGGCAUCACCUCUGCGGAAGAUGUAAAAACCUACAAAACGGAGGACGACGUUGACGGAUUUUUGAUUGGUGAAAGUCUCAUGCGAGCAGAGGAGAGAGGAGAAGCUGUUCAAUUCUUGCACGAGCUCACGCACGCUUAG